AUGGUUAUUUUAAGUAGUAGUCAUGAUGUUAAGAAUGAUAAAUGGAUAGAUAUGUUUGCAGGUUCAAUAUCGGGUGCAACCACUCGUAUGAUUGUUGCUCCGCUCGAUGUUAUAAAGAUUCGUCUGCAACUCCAAAAGAGUGGUGGUAGCGCAACUUCGACUUCACCACCUCAGUAUAGAGGUGUUUUCAAUACGCUUGGCAAGAUAACACGUGAAGAAGGAAUACGUGCACUCUGGAAAGGUAACCUCAGUGCCGAGUUCCUCUGGAUCAGCUACGCCACCGCACAAUUCAGUCUCUAUAAUUCAUUUGUACAUAGUCUCGACCAAGAGAAUUAUCUGGCACACCAAAACAGCAAUCAACACUACAAACCACCGACCUACAUAUCGCUGCUGGCAGGCGCCACCGCAGGUUCGAUCGCCACUGCCAUCUCCUAUCCUUUCGACACUCUGCGAACCAACAUCGUGGCGCAACACCAACACGUAACCAUUCCACAGUGCGUCAGACAGAUCUAUCACACCAAAGGCUACAUUGGAUUCUACAAGGGUAUAACAUCGUCUGUGCUCCAAAUCAUUCCACAGAUAUCACUUCAAUUUGCAUCGUAUGAAUGGCUCAAAAAUCUUUAUAUUCACAUCGCCAUUGCAAAAGAACAACAUCAACACGCAAAAAACAACAACAACAACAACAACAAUUCAAUACGUACACCAAGAGAACUGUCGAAAGACCCUAUCAUUCAAUUGCUGAGUGGUGGUUCCUCAGGUGCCAUCUCUAAAUUUAUAGUACUACCAUUCGAUGUGGUGAAGAAACGAAUGCAAGUUGCACCGGGCGGUAUCACUCUGAAGCAAUGCAUUUCCGAUAUGUUUAAAAAUGAAGGCUGGCGAGCAUUCUACAAAGGCGGAGUUCCAUCAAUGAUAAAGGCUGGUGCUGCCGCAUCUCUAUCUUUUACUUUUUACGAACAAGCUAAAACUCUUCUUACAGACAUGCUUUUUAAGAUUAUAUAA